GCGCGCUUCCUUCCUUUCUGGUUUCCCGCCGCCAGUAGUCACCUCCGGGCGCCUGUCAGUGAGCACCGCGCCGUCACCGCCAGUGGCUCCCUCCCCCCCGGGUGAAAUCCAAGAACGUGGAAGCCACUAAUACCGGGAGAGGGGCUUAUCCCGCACUGGGGGGGGGAGUGGGUUUGGUAGGUCAGUGACGUAAGCGGCACCAGCUGCCGUUCCAGUCCCACAUUCGGGCUUCUAACAGUGGUGACAGUGAGAGGUCACCCUAUGCUUUCUGAUUAACCUGCACCCCACCUAGGGGGAGGCUUGUAGGCAGACACCUCCAGUUAAUGGGCAGCUGGCUCAGUGGGUAAGGUUUCGUGGAAAAGACAGCUGGCUUAGUGGGUAAGAUUGGGGCAUCAAAUCCACCUGCUCAGUAGUUACCUUUGGUGAGUAAGGCAACUGGCUUAGUGGCUAAGUGUAAAACUGCUGGCUUGGUGGGUUUGUUAGCUGGCUCAGUGGGCAAAGGUAACCCAGGCUUAGUGAGUAGAUUGAUGCCUGGGUGGGUAAGGCAGCUGGUCCAGUGGGUAAGAUUGGUGGGUGAGACAGUUGGCUUAGUGGGUAAGAUUGCUGGCUCAGUGGGAAAGCAGUUGUCCUGUGGCGAAAAACAGCUGCCAUGGUAGGGUCAGGGGUUUCCCUGACCCAGGUGCAGCCCUGUUUCCAGCUGCUUCGUAUGGGCUCCGACCUCGGAACACUCGCCAACGCGCAAAGCCCACCCUCUCAAGACCUGUACACCUUCCUGCCAGACUCUCCGCGGUGCAUCUAUCGGCUAGGAGCCCGGCACGACCUAUGUGAUGUUCCCUUACCUGGGAAACCUGUAGUCCAGGCACAGAUCCAUGCUGAGCGAGAGCCCACUGGAGACUGGCGGGUCAACUUGGAGAGCUGCUCCAGUUCUGGCAUUUACAUCAAUGAUGUCCACCUGCAACGGGGUCAGCGGUUAGAGUUAUCCGAUGGAGACCUUCUUCGCUUCCAAGAAAGACCCUCUUCAUCCUCCUCUCCUGACACCUUCUUCCUAUUCCAACGUGUUCGUGUACGACCGCUGGACUUCUCUGCCAUCACCUCACCACGUGUUAAGAAUACAUUUCCCUGCUUCACCCCAGUGCUGGGCACACAAAGCCUGGGCAUGGAACGCGGAGGAUCUCCUCACUACACAACUGGGGCCACGGUUAUCUUGAACUCCAUCGGUAGCAUUAGCAAGAUGAAGCGUGAAAGGAUGAACAGCGGUGGGCUGGUGGGUGGAACUGUUGAGUUAUCCAAACCGCCAACUCCAGACCUUCCAUUACCUUCCCGUACGGGCCUGGAGAGAAGGAGCAGUCGUAGGAAAGCUCAGCACAAGGUUCUCUGUGAACUGGAGGAAGAUGAAGAGGAGAGGGAGGAGGAAGAGGAAGAUAAAAGGAAAAGAAAAAGGGGGAGGCGGAAGGAAGAUGAGCAGAGAGCUGCACAACAGAUGGAGUUUGGCAGGAAGCCUCGUGGUCGUCCCAGAAAGAACCCUGCCCCUCCUUUGGUGGUGUCCCAGACUGUGUCAAGUGCGGAACCUUGUGCCUAUCGAUCUUGCUGCCUUCCUCAGGAAGACACGGUCAGCUGGGUGCAGUGUGACCGCUGUGAUUCCUGGUACCAUGUUGUGUGCAUUGGGCGCAGCCUGACCUCCCUGCAGGACACAGACUUCCACUGCGGCUGCACGUGACCAGGCUUGUGAAUAGUCAACUUUCUUUUAAUCUCACCUUCCACUGCUCCUUGACCCAACUAUCUCUUCACCCUCCUUUUUCUUGAACCCAUGUAUUAAGAGUUUCAGCCCGUCUCAGUUGUAGCAGGAGGUACAUUUGCAACCAUUUAAUGCAUUAGACUAAAGGCUGUAAAAUGUGUCUACACGGGUUUUUAAACAUGCACUGUAGGGACGUUACUGUACCUGUCAAUUCCCUUCAUUAUUUAACCCGGUUCAUGACUUUUCUUCUGUGUUUCAUCAUACAAAUGUACAGAACUUUAGCAGUUGGACAAAUUUGCAGCAAAGACCAGUCUCUAAUCUUUCUACUCAAAUCUGGGAUCUCAAAUUCUUUUUUUUUUUCCUUUUUAAUAUAUAUUGGACAAGAAUAUAUUUUUACAGUUCAUUUAAGAGAAUACUAGAAAUCUUUGCUUAUGGUCACCCCUUUGAAAGAAUGCCAAUAUUUUGUGCAAGGCUGGGGACAAUAAUGUAGCAAUCUCGAACCAGUAAGCCAAAUCUACAUGCAGUUGGAGCUUUAAAGUUGACCUUAGGCCUGCAUGUGGUACAAGCAACCCUCUUGUAGGCUGGAGAGGUAUUCACAAGACUGCUGCCUAUCGGUUUGCUAGGAACUAGUGAUGUCGUAUUGUCAGGAGGUACAAAGGUCAUGUUAAAUAAAUAGGCUGCAUACUUGUGUAUCCCACAAAAUUGCCUCCACUUUGUCUAGGAUGGACUAUAUGCCUAUAGGAAUUGCUCUACAUAUAACUUGAGGUUAGAACAUUAAGCACUAUGGCUAGCCGGUUCUACGGUUAUAAUGGCCGCCUUCUGUACAUGCACUGAAUCUUAUGAUCGUUAAAUUAAGGAUAAAUGACUAAGCAUUGUGAUUUUAUUUUAUUUUCCUCCUUUUCUUCCUCCUUUCUUUCCCUGUUCUCCCACUGUAUCGGUAAUCUUAAAAUCAUAACUGGUAACGUUUCUGAAUAAAGUCCACCGCAAGCAUU